UGGCGAAGGGUAACGUCUACAAAACGCAGUCCACUCUGUUUGUUACAGAUUCUAGUUUUGAAAACUGAAAACUGUAUGGAGAUCAAAUGUUUCAUCGUUGAUAUAAUCUGAAGAAUCCCGGCCAAAAUCCACCUCGCUCUAUCGUCUCCCACUGCCGACCGCUGGUCUUCCUCUCAUCCCCAUAUUUGGUAGUGAGCGGAAACGCCAACCGGAUGCUUCACAUUUAUACAUCCGGUGAAAUAUAUGGCUCGUUCUAUCUGUGAUCACUGUUUAUCUGAUGCUAAAGACACGUCGUUUUAGCAGUCGUGAUAGUUAGUUAUGCCUAUUUGAUUAUCGUGUUCUAAAGGACGAGGUUUGUGUAUACGUAGUAUUUGGUUGUAAACGAAUCAUUAACAUGGUUGGGAGUAUCGAAUACCGACGUGGAUAACAGUUGAACUGCGCUUGCUUUGUUUUGGACACACUAGUGGUAUUGUGUGGAGUGUUCCAGCCCCUGUGCAUUGAGCGCCUCCUAGUGAUGCCUCAGCUGAGAGGGAAAAAUGUUGCAGCCUACCUAGACCUGAGAUCAAGAGGCAUUUUUGACGCUGGCACUUUGUCAAAACUCAACUUGAAGAUUCUCAGGGGUAUUGUCCUCCAGGACAGCAAAGACUUCACCAAAGUCUGGACCAAGUCGUCAAAAUCCACUAUAUUUUAUGAGAGUGGGAGGAUUUAUUUUGAAAAUUAUCAGUGCUGCUUCAGUAGCCUUCCAUCUGAGCCACAACUUCUGUAUGAAUUACCCAAGCGGUCCAAAGCGGAGAAGAUUGAAGAUGCAUUGCUAUGCCAGUGCCCUCUUGACAAAGGGUUGCCAACACCGUCAGAUCAAAAACCUAGCCUCUUGGCCCUGACUAGCAAUAAUUGGCUGUAUCGCUUCUCAGCUGUGACAGGACAACAAUUGGAGAACGUUUACUUGUCCCCACAUCACAAGUUCAGAUACCUUGGCUGGGAUGUAUCGCAGGAAACAUUUUAUGUCAAGUCCAUUCAGAAUAAAGUGACAUCUUCAGCAAGACAGGCAGGUUUCAACCAAAACACCUUGCUGUACCUCGCCGUGUUCCGCGUUUUCCCCCUGCAACUUGUGGGCGUUCUGGAGAUCAACAAAAGUAUAUUUGGAAGCACUGUCAUUGAUGUAGUUCUGUCCCAAGGGGUCCUUGCAGUUUCUCACAGUACCAAGACUGUGAAGCUCUAUAGCUUUGAAGACAUUCUGAAUAAGUACAUAAGAACGGAAUUGGUUCUUGGGGAGCAGUGUCAUUCAGAAGGUGGUAAAACUGUGGGAGAAGCUCCAUUUGGCAUUCCAGUGAAUAUCCACAUCAACGAAUGCCCCCCAGUGCUGUUUGAGGUGUCAUGCUUCGAUAAUGGAGUACAGAUCGGAGGCCAUCCAUGGCACUAUAUCUUCACCCUACCCCAUAAGAAACACCAGGGGUCGUACCGCAUCUGCUCUCUCAAGGAUAACACCCUGGCAAAGCAUGGAAUACAAGACAUGAAGUGCUGUUCUCUGGAGUCUGACUGGAUCUACUUCCACCCUGAUGACUCAGGAAGAAUCAUCCAUGUUGGACCUAGCACCAUAAAUGUGCUGAAAAUUCUGAGUGAACUGGAGAGUGAUGCACAGUUCGAUAUAGUGAAGGAGUUUUCCAUCACAGCUCAUCGAGACGAUGCUGCCUCCCAGAUCAAUGUCACUUCCUCAGGCCGCACAGUGAAGAGAAGAUUUUAUCAGCUGGAUGAUGACCCAGACCGAGAGACAUUCCGGAUGGUGGAGUAUGAGGAUGAGCUUGACCUUCUGGCUGUUGUGGAGGUGACCCACAGAGAGGAUGAGGGGAAGGCCCACGUCAGACUCCAUGACAACAACACUGGAGCGUUACUGAAGAGGGUUCCACUUGUGGAGUCGUGGGAUGUGACUUACAGCCACGAGCUGUUCUUUGACAGAGAUACAAUUGUUCAUAUUGAACAGACGAAGAACAAUAACUUCUGCUGCCAUGUCUACAAACUCAGUCGUGGACAAGCAGAUGAGUGAAGUUGAGACAUUCCUUCCAAUUGCUAAUGAUGUUAGUCAAAAAGAUUCCUCAAGUAAAUAGCCCCGUUGAAUGUGUUUUCCUAGUUAUUAUUUACACUUUCUUUCCCAAUAAGGACUACAUGUUGUCAUUCUGUUAUUUUGAAGAUGUUGUUGGUACUCUAAUAAUGUGUCUUAAAUAGUUCUUCCAAUACAACUGUUGGCUAACUGGGCUACUUCUGCAUUUUAUUUUUAGGACAUAUGAAUUAAGUCACAAAAUGUCUAAAUUAACUGAUAAAAAUAGUUGUACAUGUUUGAUCAUCAAAGAAGAGCUGUGAAUUUAGGUUCUCUGAUCUUUUUUUAACCGCAUGUAAGCACAUUCCCGCCACCCAAAAAUAAAAAUAAAUGUCAAGAUGCAUGGAAGUCAAACAUUUUAUAUACUCAAAAUUGAGGAUAUGUUUCUUCUUUGCCAUGAUCAGCAGAGCAAAGCCGCUGGCAAAUGUGUGGCAUGCUGGAAUUUGCCCCAGCACUUUUGAUUCGGCUUCAUAAAAAAUAUUGACACAAAGUGUUGAAAAGAGGGACAAAGUAUUGUUCUUUAGACUGAUUUGCCUCAUGAUUUGUCAACUCGUGCACAAUUCAUCUGUGCUUUAGUCUGAUCAACUGUAGCCUAACCACAGCUGCAGGUAGCCUAGAGAAGCCUAUGCGCUCUGAUCCCCUCUGGCCAAGGGAAACGAAGCGGUAACGUCAUGUAUUUAUAGCCUAAGCUAUGUAUUUAUAGUCUAAAAUAGGCCCAUUUAUUUGUUUGACUUCCUAUCCAAAAUGAUUGACUGGAAUUAAUCAACACAAUAGCGAAGACAUACUGUGUGAGUAACUCUAAUUACAGAUGCAAAGGCCUACAUAAUGCAACCCUGCAUGAAGCAAGCUCAGCCCUGUUUGUUAUAUUGUCUAAUUGCAGUUUUUGUGUAAAUAAGUACUCCCUAGAGCCAGGAGUUUUUAAUAACAUAUGCCCUGAUUUAGAACAACUCUGGUCCCGUAACAGCUCAUAUAAAACCGUUUUAAGAGCUGAUUUUACUUUAUUACUAUUUUUUGUUUUAUUUUUAACACCUUGCACUGCCACCCUUUUGUAUUCUUUUGGGCAUGGAUUAAAUUAAGUAUAUUAUUUUUGCA